AUGUUCCCCACAGCGUCCUGUGGUCCCCACUUCUGCUCCAUCAACAGCUGCUGCCUGGGUUAUCACAAGGUGGGGGACCAGAAGGAAUCCUGGACCCUGCCGGAGGCCACCCGCUGCACCCAUCUGCAGGCCACCCAGGAGCACCUGAACGCUGCCUGCACCCACACCACGGAGAAGAACCUGCAGGCCGUGCAAGAGCAGAUAAAGAGAGUCACACAUCACUACUCCACCGCCCUAGCCAUGGACCUGCUGCUGCAGAGCACCGAAGCCGUGGUGCUGCAGAUGGCCCUCAAAGGCCUUGGCUCCAGCACCCAAAAAUUCAAUGUCUCCACCGUGGAGGCCACGGUGGAGGUGGUGCGUGACAACUGCCCCCAGACCACGCUGGUGCUGGCAGUGGGUGAAGAGAACCUGACCAUCAGCUGCCAUGAGGUGGUGAGCCAUACCCAGGCAGGCAAGCACGUGGUGGCCUUCAUCGUCUACAAGGAGUUGCUGAGCAGCGUCACGGAACUGCACCAGGGAAAGCUCAACUCCCAUGUAGUCAGCGGCACCGUGGGGAAAACUGGUGUCACCUUCAAUACCACCUUCAACAUCACCCUGCAGCACCGCACGCUGAUGGGCACCAAAGGCCACUGGACGCCCUCAGGCUGCACCCGUGUCGGGGGUGACAACCUCCACUCCAUCUGCGCCUGCAACCACUUCUCUGCCUUCGCCAUCCUCAUGGCCAUCCACCCCAUCACGGACAACUUCGCGCUGACGGUGGUGACCUACGUGGGGAUGUCGGUGUCACUGGUCUGCCUCUUCCUCACCAUCGUCACCUUCCUCCUGUGCCACUCACUCUGGAGUGUCAGCGUCACCCUCCACCUGCAGCUCAGCAUCUGCCUCUUUGCUGCCAACCUCCUCUUCCUCGUGGCCGUGCCCCAGACUGCCAAUAGGCUGGCGUGCAGCAUCAUGGCAGGCUUUCUCCACUACCUCUUCCUUGCCUGCUUUGCCUGGAUGUUCCUGGAGGGUUUGCAUCUCUUCCUCACUGUCAGGAACCUGCGUGUCCUCAACUACACCAGUGCCAGUCGCUUCAGGAAAAGAUACAUCUACCCCGUGGGCUACGGCGUGCCGGCCAUCGUGGUGGCCGUCUCUGCCGCCGUCCAUCCUGAUGGCUAUGGCACCAAGCACUACUGCUGGCUGAGCACGGAGGGAGGCUUCCUCUGGAGUUUCCUUGGCCCUGUCUGUGUCAUCAUCCUGGUUAAUUUGCUAUUUUUUCUCACCACCCUCUGGACACUGCGGGACAAACUCUCCUCCCUCAAUGCUGAUGUCACAGCUCUAAAAAAUACCCGGCUGAUGACGUUCAAGGCGCUGGCGCACAUCUGUAUCCUGGGCUGCACGUGGGGUCUGGGCUUCCUGCAGGCACAGGGUGACAAUAUAGCGGUGGCCUUCAUCUUCACCAUCGUCAACAGCCUGCAGGGAGCCUUCAUCUUCCUUGUGCACUGCGUCCUCAACCGGCAGGUGACGGAGCAGUACCAGCGCUGGUUUAGGGCGCUGGGGCGAAGAGCACACCCCCAGGAGAUGCCCACCACGGAGAUACAUGUCACCUAUGUCAUGGAAGGGGAAAGGCCGCAGAGCCACAGCACCGAGGGCUGCACGUGGGAGAAGUGA